CCAAUAAUGCUUCGGACCUUGUAAACCAGACAACCUCCCUCCUCUCUCUCCUCUCUGCUAAGUCUCACCAACUCUCCCAGUCCCAAAUACAAUCCUGUAUAUCUUCUCGCUCUCACUUGGGUAUUUUCCACCCUUCGUUUCUCACCGCAUCUGUUUCUCGUUUCCAUUUUCUUCACCAUUGUUUUACCCCAGCUUCAAGUUGCAUUUCUACUCUGGUGACUUUUUCCUCUUUCUAGUUCUCUCCUUCUUUCUAUCUGUGAGAGUUCUUCAAAGCAUUUAAUAUUAUUCCAUUUCGGAGUGUUAGCAGCACCAGAAACUAAGGAAUAAAUUGUGUUUCUGUAUGGGGUCUUCAUCUACUUCUUCGGAGGUUACAUUUAUUACUUGUUUUGUUUUGUUAGCAUCACUAUGGAAUGUUGGUAACUAAGAAAGAAAGAGAGAGAGAGAGAGAGAGAUACAGAACGAGAAAGAGACAGAAUUUAAGGCAUCACUUCAACUACUUACUACUACUAAGCUGUUAUGGAGAGGCUCCAAGGGCCAAUUAAUCCUUGUUUCUUAGAAGAGCAUUUGGAAGUGGAAUACUUAGAACAAGGAUUUGUUAACUCAGAGAGUUUAAGAUUUGGGGAGGAAGAAGAAGCACACUUUUCAAUACCAAGCUUAGAAGACAAAAUGCCAUUCCUUCAGAUGCUUCAAAGUGUGCAAUCCCCUCAACUUUUUGCCUUCAAAGAACCCAACUUUCAGACACUUUUGAGACUGCAACACUUGAAGAAGCCUUGGGAGAUAAACAACAACCCUUUCAUCCCGGAAAUGGAAACCCAAAUUCAAGCCCUAGAGCUUGAAAGCUGUGUCACCCAUGAAAUAUUUGACUUACAGUCACCAGUCCAAUCUGAGACCAAAGACCUUAAAAAAAACCCACAUUCAAUUUCAUGCUUUGAAGUUGUCAGCGCCGAGUCCAACCAAGACCAACCAAAGUCAGCAACAGCGGACAAUUGUAGUAGAGAAGGCAACUCUGGCUCUUCACCUCCAAAAAGCUUCACAAAAUCCCCUCCCAUCACUAGAGAACGAAGAAAGCGAAAACGAACAAGGCCAGCCAAGAACAAAGAAGAAGUUGAGAGCCAACGCAUGACCCACAUUGCAGUUGAACGCAACCGUAGACGUCAAAUGAACGAUUAUCUCAAUUCUCUCCGCUCUCUCAUGCCUCCGUCUUAUAUCCAAAGAGGUGACCAAGCGUCUAUUAUAGGGGGUGCAAUUGACUUUGUUAAGGAACUAGAGCAACUUCUACAAUCCCUGGAAGCGCAAAAGAGAAUGAGAAGAAUUGAAGAAAGCAGCAAUAGUAAUAAUUCAGUGGCAAAGUCCGCAAUGGAAAUUUCACAGCCGGAGACUGGAAUGGGAUCUGAAGAUGGGAAUUGCGGUGAGGAAAUCAAGGCCGAAAGCAAGUCAGGUGCAGCUGAAAUAGAGGUUAAUGUAACACACAACCAUGUCAACUUAAAGAUUCAGUGUUCAAGAAGACCUGGUCAGUUGUUACAAGCCAUUGUCACCCUGGAAAGUCUUAGAUUAACAGUUUUGCAUCUCAACAUUACCUCUUCUCAAGCUUCUAUUCUUUACUCCUUCAAUCUCAAGAUGGAGGACGAUUGUAAGCUAAGAUCAGCGGAUGAGAUAGCAGCAGCAGUUCAUCAAAUAUUCAGCUAAAUUCAAACGGUAAAAAAAAAAAAAAAGAAAAAGAUUUGGUCAUUAGGUAGCUGACUUGAUUCCUGAAGGGUACAGUAGGGUUAGAAAAAGAGAAGACCAAAGAAAAGGUAAAAAGGGAAAAGGUACCAAAAAAAAAAAAGUAAGAAUGGGCCUUUGGGUUAAGAAGAAAGGAAACAGAGGGGACCUUCCACUGUGUCCAUUCAAAGCAAUGUUUUGUACCACAAGACAAUUCAGGACAGAGCCCUUGAUGUUUACAGCUUAACUUAAGAAACUUCCCCUGUUUAUGACUAAUUAUGACUACUUAUAUUAGAAUGAUAAAUAUGUAUAUGUAAUUCUUGUUUAGCUCGUUCCUUUUCUUUGGUAUUUCGAUGGAAGAUUAUUUAGUUUUGGUGGUGACUGGGAAGGUUGAGGUGGUGGGGGCCAUUGGUUAGCCAGCGUGCCCUGGAUGAAGGGGGCUUCAUUUAAGUUUGAAACUUUGUAUUUCUAAAUCUCAUGAUUACACUUUUGCGAAUGAUGCUGCCCUUUUUAUGUUGACUUUGGGGUGUCCGUAUGUAUGGACAUGGAUGUUUUCAUCAUUAUA